UCAUGCCACGACAUCAACGACCAAACUGCACCAAACCACGCACCACUCUCAACUGCUCUCUACAGCUGCUCUCAUAGACUAGACACAAAGGCAAUGGCGAUAGAGGAUGUGUCGCUCGCUGGGUCAGAACCAGAACUCGUCAUGGACGACGAGAGUGACCCAGAAGAGGUCGAUAUUUCAACAGUCGACACAGACAUCCAUCUUCGACAGCGCGCACCCUUGUAUGGCCCUCCUCGGCCGCCGCAUAUGCAACAAGCUCCUGCAGACUUUGGCAGUAUGCCUAUGGGAGACCCUUUUGCGAUCUUGCAGCAGAUGGGUAUGGGACAGGGAGGUGCAGGUGGCGAUCCAUUUGGUUUCGGCGGUGGUCAAGGCUUCCCUCAGUCACCGGCAGGCAUGUCUUCACAUCAACAGCAACAGCAAAAGCAGCAAACUGAAGCAGCGCAAAAGACCGCACGGACCAACAAGCUCUGGCAAGUUUUGCAUCUAAGCGCCAUUGCUGUCCUCAUCAUCUUCUUGCGUCGCGAAAGCAUUCCCAGCUAUGGCUUGCGUGCUCCAAGCAAAAUCGGCGGCCAAGCUGAGCCUAUCUUUUGGUACUUUGCCACCAUUGAGCUCGUCCUGCAAACGCUUCGCUUCUUUAUUGGCGGGGCACAAGUUCAGGGCAGUAUGAUUGCCACGAUUGGUGCUAUGCUCCCACCCCCAUACAACGUCUACGCCAUGGUACUCGCACGCUACAGUCUCAUCCUAACGACCCUUCGCGAUGAUGCCUGUGCACUGCUGCUCGGACUCGCGGUCCGUGCUUGGCUUGGCAUAUGAUGCUCCACACCUUACAGUAUACCUUUGCUACUUUGCAUCAAAUCGCCUGUGUCGACCCUUCAACAGCAAAUAUUUAUUCUAUUCUAUUCUAUGGCAGCUGCAGUCUUGGUCGUCUUGGCCAUCAUCCUGGCCCUCUUUGUAACGCGCGAGUUUGCUCUUGCACAGCGGGCAGCGCUGCAAGGGAAACACCAACCCCACAAGGCAUUCGUCAGUCGACGUGUACCGCUUACACCA